CAAUGUUAAACUAUCUUCCACAAAUAAUAUAAUCAGAAUUCCUCCGAAGGCUAUUCAUUCACUAACUCAUACAUAAUCGCAAAGAUAUGAAGCAAACAGGUGUGCAAUUAGCCCCAAUCGAUGAACAGAAGCCCAUAACUCCACAGCAGCAGCACGAAAUCAUCGUUCCUUCUCAAUCAAGGCCACCACAACCGAAUCUACCUGCUUCUGAUCUCCUUACAGGAAGCAGAGAAGCUUACAUAGACAUUGGUGUCCCUCUAUACGAAGCAGCCAUUAAAGGCGAUUGGAAAGCUGCUGAAGCGAUUCUUGAAAAAGACCCAAAAUUAGUACGAUCAAGUAUCACUGAAAAUCACGAAACAGCCCUUCAUGUUGCAGCAUCAGCAAUAAGAACAAAACAGUUGCAAGAAUUUGUGGAAAAUUUAGUGGAUAAGAUGGAUGAAAAGGACUUAGAACUUCAAAACAAUAGUUCCAAUACUGCCCUUUGUUUAGCAGCUGCAGCUGGAAACGUUGAAAUGGUUAAGAUUAUGGUGAACAAGAACAAAAAGUUGCUUUCAAUCCCUGGUAGUCAAGCAAUGAUGCCUCUUUAUAUGGCUGCUUUAUUUGGUCAACGUGACAUGGUGAAGUAUCUCUAUGAUAAAUCGAAAAACUUGAGUGAUGAUGGUUGGACCCCUCAGAAUCGUGGUUGGCUUCUUCUUAAAUGUGUUGAGGCUGAUCUUUUUGAUAUCGCAUUAAAGAUAGUGCAAGAUCGCCCUGAGCUUGCUAGUAAUGGGAAUGUACUUGGAGUUUUGGCUCGAAAGCCGGAUGCAUUUGUUGAAACAAAGACUAAUGUAAUAUGGAGGAAAAUCAAUUCAUGUUUUGCUUCCAUUCGUUUAAAAGUGGGAGCUCCCGAAAAGGAAAACGAAGCAUUACAAUUACUAAGAAUCAUUUGGAAAGAUAUUGCGAAGAAGCCCAAGAAUCAAAUAGAUGACAUCAUCCGGGGCCCACCCGAUCCAAUCAAGCAAGAUGACAAGCUACAUUUGGGAAAGGAAGAUCAAGCUCUACAACUACUAAAACUCAUAUCCGAAAAUAUUGUCAAAAUGCCAAUUGAAAUCCAAAAAUUAGUUGGAAGUGGUGGUGGGACCACAUCAAAGCCAAUAACAAGGAUGCCAUCAAUGGUGAAUGUUAAAAGAACUUAUUCUUCUAGAAUACUGUUUCUUGCUGCAGAAAUGGGCAACACUAAAUUUGUGGUUGAGCUUAUUAGGCAAUACCCUGAUUUGAUAUGGAAAGUGAAUGAUAACAAUCAAAGUGUGUUUCAUAUUGCUGUGAAACAUCGUCAUGAGGGUAUAUACAAUUUAUUGUAUGAGAUUGGGUCAAUGAAGGAUUUGAUAACUCCUUUGAAAGAUCAAAACGAAAAUAAUAUGUUGCAUUUAGUUGGAAAGAGUGCAAAGAGAAAACGUCUUCAAGAUGUUUCGGGAGUUGCUUUACAAAUGCAACGUGAAUUGUUGUGGUUCAAGGAAGUAGAAGCCAUGAUCCCUCCAUCUUACAGAGAACGUAAGAACAAAGACGGGUUAACACCACACGAAUUAUUCACAAAAGAACACAAAGACCUCGUUUCACAAGGUGAGAAAUGGAUGAAAGGAACCGCUAGUCAAUGUAUGGUCGUUGCAGCACUCAUAGCCACCAUAGUAUUCGCCGCCGCUUUUACAGUGCCAGCUUCGAUUCUCAUGUUUUUAUCUAUCCUCACGUCUCGUUAUGCUGAACGCGAUUUCUUAGAGUCGUUGCCUAAAAAACUCAUGUUGGGGUUAACAUCGCUUUUUUUGUCGAUUACGAGUAUGACGAUUGCGUUUAGUGUUAGUUUUUUUGUGCUUUAUCGGGAGGGGUUGAUUUGGGUGCCGAUUGUGAUUGGGUUUUUAGCGGUUAUGCCGGUGUUUUUGUUUGCUUGGUUGCAGUAUCCGCUUUUGGCGGAUGUGAUUCAUUCGACGUAUGGGUCUAGGAUCCUAUCCGGUUCUGGUUCCAAAAACGGUUAUUCGUUGUUGAUGCUUACCCACCACAUUAAAAGAAGCAUGGCCAUCAAAGAAUAUGACAAAGGUUAUUACUUACUACUCCGAAGACCUGGAAAACACUAUAAAAGAUUGCCUUUGAAAAACAAUAGAGGUGAAGAAGUCUCUUCCUAUUAG